AAAGUCGCAACACAUAUAUAGGCCACAUUGUUAAUGAGUGCAUCUCUAAAACAUCCACACGUGGUACGUGAUACACUGCAAGAACUACAGGUGUCAAAUACCCAGCUAUAGUUUUUCUUCAUAACCCACUCACCACUUUCACUUCUUCCCUAAUCAACUCUUCUCUUUCUCUUCUUCAAUAGUCCAAAACAAAAUGGGUUCAGAGACUUUCCUGGAAGUGAUUCUGGCGAUUCUUCUGCCUCCAGUCGGCGUUUUCCUCCGAUAUGGUUGUGGGGUAGAGUUUUGGAUAUGUUUGUUGUUGACUUUGUUGGGUUACAUCCCUGGGAUCAUCUAUGCUAUCUACGUUCUUGUGGGAUGAUCAUCAAAUUAAUUAUCUUCUUGUAAAGUUUCAUCUGAGUUAAGCCGUUGCUCUUUCUCAUCGCUCUCGCAAUAAAAACUUUUCUGGCUAAAUAAUAAAAUAA